UUCCUGAAUUGGUACGGUUCUUGGAUAGUUCCGUGCGGCGGGCGACGGACGGUUUGGUUCGCGCGCAUUUAAUGUAAUUAAUCGGGCAACUGAUCGGAAUAAUGGGAGCGGUGCGAAUAAUUAACGACGAUCGCCACUUCAACGGCGAGCUGGCCAACGCCGGUCAGAAGCUCGUCGUCGUGGAUUUCACAGCGAGUUGGUGCGGACCCUGCCAGAGAAUCGCCCCGAUAUUCGAGCAACUGUCGCUCAAGUAUCCCAGGGCGGUGUUCCUGAAGGUGGACGUGGACAAGUGCGCGGACACCGCCUCGACGCAGGACGUCAGCGCGAUGCCGACCUUCAUCUUCUACCGCAGGCGCGCGCGGCUGGGCCACUGCCAAGGUGCGGACCCGGUGGGGCUCGAGUCCAAGAUCCAGCAGUUCUACGGCAGCGGCGGCGACGCCGACGACGCCGCCGACGACUCGGUCGCGGACUCCCUGCCCGGCCAUAUGGACCUGUCCAGUUUUAUAAUGAAGCAGCAGUGCGAGUGUUUAAACGAGUCCGACUAUCAUACUUUCCCUCAGUGUUUGAACUCGGCGGACAGUGGGUAUCUCCAGAGCGAUGAAGACGAACAGCUGAUAAUGUCGAUCACAUUCUCGCAGCCUGUUAAGGUUCACUCGCUCAAGUUCAAAGCGCCUACGGAAACUGGGCCGAAAAAUAUCAAACUGUUCAUCAACCAGCCCAGGACGAUCGAUUUUGAAAUGGCCAGCUCCAACACGAGUACUCAAGAUCUAACAUUAUCAGCCAAGGACGUCGAGGAGGGAAAUCCGGUACCGCUGCGCUACGUCAAGUUCCAGAAUGUGCAGAAUCUUCAAAUCUUUGUGGCAGACAAUCAGAGUGGCUCGGAAACAACGAGAAUCGAUCAUCUAGUCAUAAUCGGCACACCAAUCUCGACUACCAACAUGGGAGAAUUCAAGAGAGUAUCCGGCAAGAAGGGGGAAAGCCAUUGAGACGGACUUUCCUGCAACAAUAAUGUAUAAGGAUAUCACCAGGAAUUUCGAUUUGCCUACUAACAUUCCCCCGGGUUUUUUUUUCUU